AUGGCUUCAAUCACAGCAGAGAUGUUCUCCACCGGGAAGUACUCAGAUCUUCUGAUCAAGUGCCAAGGCAGGGCCUUCAAAGUUCAUCGUACUGUUGUCUGUCUUCAAUCUAAGCCUCUGGCUGCUGCGAUUGAUGGCAAGUUCAUGGAAGCAUUCUCAGGUGAAAUUGACCUCGAUGGCAACGAACCCGACAUCGUCUAUUGCAUGCUCAAGUUCAUGUACGAAUCAAAUCACUCUGAUGGCCGCGAUAGCGACACCACAUCCUCAACCCAAUCGCCUGCCAAGAAAGCAGAGGCAACUGGAUCAUCGCUCACAUUUGCCGCCGAUACAUCCACAACCAAGUGCCUGCUGCUCACCAAUACCAAAGUCUACAUCAUCGGCGACCAACUUCAGAUUCCGGACCUGAAGACUCUGGCAAAGAAGAAGUACGAGGAAGUAAUGUUAGCUGCGUGGGACAGUGUGUCGUUCGCUGCCAACCUCAAGUUACUCUACGAGGAGAGUAUGGAGAACGACAGGUCGUUGAAAGAUGUGGCUAUCCAUACUGCGGGGGAUCAUGCGAAGGAAUUGUGCGACCGAGGAGAAUUCGCUACUCUUUGCAGGGAAAAUGGUGAGAUCGCUUUUGAUAUUCUCAAGGCUUCCUUGACAGCGGACCCUCUAGUGAAGACGUGUCCCUUCCGCCACCAAAGCAACUAUGUGCAGCACCACUGUCGUGGGCUUACUUACUGCCAGUCUUGUGGAAACUACUUCAAUUAG